AUGUUAAUAUUGGUUCUAUUACCCAUAAUCUACUUGGGGUAUACAUAAGAGCAAUGCCAAGUCAAGAAUCAAUAAAUAUCAUUUUUCUUUUCUACCUAAGAAACAUUUGAGUGGAACUUAAAAGAUUUAUUCACAGGAUCCUAUUUGAAUUACACCUUAACCUCAAAGUAACCCUUCUUUACUUUGAAGAAACCUAUACAUUAAGAAUAUACACCUAAAACAUUGAUAGAAGGGAUAUCAAAAAUUGCUGCCAUUUAGGCUAGAACAGAAUAAAACUAAAGAGUAUGGCUAAAUCAAUUUGCCUUUAUUGAAAAAAGUGUAAAUUCAUUAUCUAUUUUUUAUGCUUAAGGUACUUAAGGAGAUUAUAAACCGCCCAAUUUUAAUUAUAAAAUAGUUUUUUCCCAAAACUAAGAUAUUUAGUGUUUAAAUUUAGAAUACUUAAAUGAAACAUCGUUUUUAGCUGAUUGCUAUAAUGCUAUAAAAAAUCCUAUAUUAAACUACUUUUAUAUUAUUGAAAAAUCGGGUGCUGUCAGAAACAUCAGCAAUCAAAAUUAUGAUGUCUAAAAUAUCAUCACAAAAAGAAUAACUAAAGUAAUACCUUUUGUUGACAGCAAAAAGAAUAAUAUCAAAUUGCUGUUUAGAUCAACACCAGCCUAUGCAACUGGAUCAGAUUUAAAGACAAAUUCAUAAAUUGAAAUUUACAACAUUUCUACAUUAUUUUUAGUUAACUAAUUAACAGCACGUGAUAUCGGAACACUAUUGAAAGUUGAUGAUCCUUUCAAAUAUAAAUUUAGUUUGAUAGACUUUGAUAUAUUUUCAGAUGGAAAGCUUUAUAUAUUAACUGCAUUUGAUGGCAUCAUAAUUUUAUAAAUAGAUUAAGCUCUUGGCUUUACUUUAAUAGAUAGGAUAUAACUUUAUAACGAUGUAAGAGAAUUUGAUGUUGGCCAUUUUUUGUCCGAAGAUGGGUCUCUUGUAGAGACUAUUGGAGUAUUAUUCUAAAGCAAGGCUGAAGUUUAUGAAAAUAGAAUUUUCAAGAAUUCUUACUCAUUAGAUUUUGCCUCAUAAUACACUACUUUAUUGAAAAUAUCGUAAGAACUAUUGAUAAUUUAAAAUAAAGGAAAAACUUACUUGAUCAAUACUUAAACCAAAGAUUUGAUUCAUAAAGAAGUACUUGAAGGUAUUUAAGGAAUAUUAAUCAAUUAAUACAUGGAAGAACUUAUUUAUGUUACAUAAAUUGAUGCCAGAAGAUUCGCUUUAUCUAGUGGAAAGCUAAGAUUUAAAUCAGGAGAUUUGACUGCAGCAAGGGAUGUCACCACUAUUACUGCAUUUGAUGAACUUGGUUAUUAAUGUUAAGUUUAAUUAAAUUAUCGAGUCAUAAAUUAAUAUGAUUCAGUAUUAUACGCAGUCCAAGAAUUAGAUAUAUCGAAUGUAUUUGUUGAUUAUCCCUUCUGGACUCCAUUUUAAAUGCCUGUAUCAGGGCCAAACGUCUAAGUUAAUUCUUCGAACCACAAACUCAGCAACACUAUUAAUCAAGUAAGGAGGCUCAAUUAAUGCGGAAUCAAUAUAUUCUUAAAUUCCAUUAGCAAAAUCAUCAAAAUUUGUCAAAUUGAUUAGUUUAGAUAAGGAUGA